AUGCUUGGCGUGACCACGCCGCCGAAAGCAGCCGAGCGGCUUCCCUCGCCCCACACACGCCCGCCUCUGAAGGGUCCGCUGGCGUCGAAGCGCGAGCUCACCGUCUCUAUCCCAGCCGACGAGCUGGAAUGUGGGUCUGCAGCGACGAUUCACGUCGCCGUGGCGGGAAGAAUCCUAAAGGGGGAGGACAAGCACGCUGUGCUCAGAGCAACUGUGGGGGGCGAGCGCCUCCUUCUCUGCCUCGUUGCCGAUGGGCACGGCGGCAACGCCGCCUCGACGCACGCCGCGGCAUACCUGCUUCGCUCGCUGCGGCCGCGCUACGUUCAGUGCACGCUUUCCCACCAGUGGCUGUUCCGGGCCAUCUAUCAGCUCACCGUCAUUGCGGGCCUCGCGAUCUUUGUCCUGCUGAUCCUCGCGCGCGUCAAGCACCGCAGCGCCCGCGGCAUUCCUGGCAACCCGUGCUGCGACUGCUGCUGCACUCGCUUCUGCAUCAGCCACUGCUGCAGCGGGAAGGAAUGGGCGGAGGAGGCAUCGCCAGCAGCCGUCAACGGAGCGCCGGGCUCCACCCUCGUGUGA